AGCCGUUUCGGAUACUAGAAAGAUCGACUGUAAAUUAUGCGGAGUGAACAUAUAUAUUAAUUACUUACAGUGUGUAAUGUUGAUCUUGACUCAGCUGUUUAUAUGAAACAAGGGUAAUUGCUUCUUGACAGAUUCUUAACUGUUCGUUAAAACGAGUUUUUAGGAAUUAUCUCGAAAUCCAAGAAAAACCCAACAGGAGUCUUUCAGGGCCGCGAUCGAGCAGGAAAAACAUGAUAAUUUAAAUCGAGCCUAAAGAACUACUUGAGUACACAAGGAUUCUUCAUUGAAGAACAGCAGACCAGCAAUUUUACGUGGAUUGGUGGGUUUUGUGAGUGUCAUAUGACAGAUUGAGUUCUUUCUUGACUCACACAACAGAAUGUCGCUCAAAGUGACUGUUCACAGCGCCUCAAAUCUACCUAAUGUUGACUUCAGAGGACUGAGCGAUCCUUUUGUGGUUUUAAGUUUUCGAGGUCGUAAGAAGAACACUUCAGUUCAAAAGAACACGCUAAAUCCCAAGUGGGAGGCAAAGGAUGCCACGUGUGAAUGGAGUCUUGGAGCUGUUCAACUUCAACAAGACGAGAAGUUGUCAAUCAAAGUUAAAGACAAUGAGCCAGCGUGGUUCAAAAAGCUUCUUGGGCAAGUCGAAAUUCCUCUACAUGAUCUACGUAAAAACGGCAAGGAAAUUAAGAAACAAUAUUACGAACUGGAAGAUGGCAAACACCGCCCAACCAUCGGAACAGUUUGCCUGGAUAUAGAAUACGUUCCCCCUGGUGGUAGGGACGGAAAAAAUGAAGAUCAAAUAGAUGGUGACGAAACCGAUGGAGAUGAAGAUCAUGAUGACGAUGAGAGUCAGGAUGACGAGGACGAGCAUGAUCAUAACAGGGGCGAAGAAAAACGCAGCAAAAAAGUGAAGAAGAGAACACCCCGCAGACGCAUCGCUAGAAAGUGGAGUGACAAAAUAAAGGACUUUCAGAUUCGAAUCCAUAUCUUUGAAGGACGGCAUUUGCCAGGCACCAAUAUUCACCCCAUGGUGAGAGUAACAGUAGCUGGACAGCAGAAGCAAACAAGCACCAAACAAUCUACAAACAAUCCAAUCUAUAAUGACGAGAUGCUGUCCUUCAAUUUUCGCAAAUCUGAGGCGGAGUUGUUUGAUGAACUCAUUACUCUCGAGGUUUUUAACGCUAGAGGACUUUUUCGAUCCAAUGCAUUAUUAGGCUUUUUUAAGUUUGACGUUGGUUUCGUCCACGAAAGAAAAGGCCAUUCGUUUAUUCGUAAGUGGAUUAUGUUGUCGAAACCAGUUGGAAAGCAACAAAAAGAAAGUGUCAAUCUGGGUACCAAAAACUCUCCGGGAGGUUAUCUUAAAGUUACAGCAGUUGUUCAGGGGUCUGGGGACAAACUACCGGUUGGAAUAGAUGUUCCAAGUGUCGACGAUAAAGAUGAAGACAUUGAAGCGAAUUGCCUAACUCCAGUCGGCGUGCAUCGACAAUCAGCUGUGUUUGUUUUAAAAGUUUACCAAGCGAAAGAUCUUCCACAAAUGGACGCUGGAGUUAUGACGAAGUUCAAGAAGAUUUUCGCUGGACUGCCCUUGUUGUCUAAACGAGCCGAAGAGAUCCCUCAAGCUAAAGAGGACCUUGAAGAGGAGCAAAAUCUUGUGGAUCCAUAUCUUAUUUUUAGCUUUAGUGGCAAUCAGGUGUCCACCGAUAUAGAAUACAAGAACAGCAAUCCAAAGUUCAGACAAGUCUUAAAGAUACCUUUUGUGUUCCCUUCAAUGUGCGAGAGAUUGAAAUUACAAUUGAAGGACUGGGACCAAGGCAAGAAAAACGACUUUAUAGGCACAGCGUACUUGCACCUCUCGGCCAUUUCUGGACAAGGAGGACUGGGAGAAGGAUUCUUGCCUCAGUUUGGACCGUGUUACAUCAAUUUCUACGGCUCUCCGAGAGAAUAUCAGAAAACGACUGACAAAUAUGAGCACCUCAACAAAGGAAUUGGAGAGGGUGUUGCUUAUCGCGGACGUCUUCUCGUCGAAUUGAGGACCGUUCCAACUCAUGGCACAGCUCGCCCUACUCGACACGCAAUGGCUAAACAAGAUGAAAUAAAUGUUGAGCCGUUUAAAAAAUGUUCCAAGUUUACACUGUUCGCGUGUUUCCACGAGGCCACUAUGAUCGCAGUGACUGAUGGAUCGGUGGAGUUCGAAAUCAGUAUGGGCAACAAAGGAACAAGGUUUGAUGAAUCCGUUGCGCCUUCGAAUACCACUCCAUGUAAACCAGUGUACGAUCAUUCGCACUAUCACUACUUACCCUGGGGUGGAGAAAAACCGUGUGUCUGGAUCGAGUGCUCAUGGGAAGACAUAUCCUUUAGAAUAGAACCACUCAACAUCUUGACCAACAUGUGGAAGAAGCUGGAAGUCGAUCUAGAGGAAUUACAGAAGGGAGAAAAGAAAAUGCAAUCAGUCCUGGAAGUGUUUAGUGAAGCGUGCGGGUUGGAGUUAAUUCGUUUUCAAAACGAGACCCUCAAGCUCAAGACCCAAAGCCAAAGAAACUCACUGGACAAAGAAUUACAGAAUCUCAGAAAGACAGAACUGGAAAGUCUGAUGACUGAGGCGAAGAUUUUGAGUAAGAAACCGGAAAACGAACUGAACAUGGAGAGUGUCACCGAAGAAAUUAAGAACUACAUAAAAAGAAUCAGAAGCAUGGCUAUAGAGCCUCAGCUGAGCAUGCCUGACAUUAUACUUUGGAUGAUCAGUGAUAAAAAGCGAGUGGCUUACUGUAGGAUCCCAGCACAUCACGUUCUGUUCUCAGAGAAUGAGGCAGCUUGUGGUAAAUUCUGUGGAAAAACCAUUGAGUUUCGCUUAAAGUACCCUGGACGAGACGCUGAGGAAACCUAUCAUGAAAUUCCUGCGUUAGUUCGCUUGGAGUUGUGGUUAGGCCUAGCAACACAACAACAACACUGGAUUAACAGAGAGAGUGGAGAGUUCAACGUGUACGCAGAAACGUAUGAAAAUGACAUGAGAAAAGAAUCUGCUUGGAGUCCAUCUACAAGUCGAACCUGGCCUCACUACUCUGAUGUAUCUGGCAGUUUGGAGCUGCCAAAGGAUUCUUUCACUGAACCAGAAGGAUGGAAAUUCUCUGGGGACUGGAGGAAUUCUAAAGGAGAUUUAACCACGAUUCGACAGCUUGAAGAAAACCUUACAGAAUUCCUGGAUGAGGUGUACGAACAUGAAGCGAGAAAUUUUCCUGGUCGGGACUGGACACCAGACAAUCCAAGAUAUGUGGAUUCGCAUGGAGAAGAGACAACCCUAACUCCUGACCCACCGACAGGCUGGAUAAAGACGACUGACUGGUCAGUUGACCUGAACUGCGCUGUGGAUGAUGAAGGUUGGCAAUACUCGAAACACCGCUCCUAUUACGAAUACGGUCCUGAAGAAAAAGCGUUUGACAUGAGCAGAAGGAGAAGGCUGAUAAGGCCCAGACGACGCGAUUUAAAAGCUUCUGUUAAACAGGUUCACGAUGAUCCGAAGCCAACUGACGGAUGGGAAUAUGCUCGAUCUUUCCACGACAGUUUUCACCCAGACGAAAGAAGAACGGAUUGUUUAAGGCGAAGAAGGUGGCUUCACAAAAUCGUACCUGAAACUGCUAAGAAAGGAGGCAGUAUCAAAUUUCCUGUUUUUAAGUUAGGAAAGGAGAGUGCUCUUUGUGUUAUUCCAAGGAUGCUCGUGACCUAUCAAAGAGCUAUCAAAUGUCAGCUGUGGGUCUCUAUUUAUCAAGCUCGUGGUCUUAUAGCUCAGGAUGAUAGCGGCAUGAAUGAUCCCUACGUUCGAGUUACGUUCAGCUAUCAAAGUCAGGUCACAGAAACUCUGACUCAGACUCUCUGUCCAACCUGGGACCAAACGCUUAUUUUCAAAGAGAUCGAUAUUUUUGACGACCCCAGAGACCUGGUAGAGAAUCCUCCGAGUGUAGUAAUGGAAGUAUUUGACUACGAUAAGGCUGUGCAUGAUAUCUUGGGGCGAUGUAUUUUCAAACCUAAAGUCCGGAUUGAGGGGAGUAACGGACCUCCUUUCCCAAAACUUGCGUGGCGCAAGCUGCGCCGAGCUCACCAAGAUGCCGGUCAGAUUCUGGUCGAAUGUGAACUAUUUCUGAUCGAAGGGUCACAGCUACCUGCUCUGCCCAAGCCUCGUGGUAGAGUGUACCCAGUUCGUCCUAAAGUGGCUCCUGAAAAGCAAAGAAAAGCUAUCGAGGUCCUUAGCUGGGGAGUGAGAAAUUUGAAAGGCAAUAACCUACUGUUUUGUCCAAAUAUAAGAGUCGAAUUUGAGUGCAACCAAACAAUUUUGAAAUCUGAUGAAGUUAUCAAAGAUAUGGCGAGGUGUCCAAACUUUUCCCGUCCUAUUCUGGAACGAAAAAUCUUGGAACUGCCAGCAAAUGACGAGUAUGCGCCACCGAUCAACAUCCGGGUAUUCGACUCCAUGUUUGGCAAGUCUCCUGUUGGUCUUCAUGAAAUUCAGUCUCUAAAGGAGUUUGAAGUUCAUGGAGCAGAAAGUCAGUCGCAUGCUGAUGAGAUUGAAAGGUUAUCAGCAGUAGGGAAAGGAAAGACGCCAGCGAAAUAUGAACAGGAAACAGCAGCAUUUGAGACUCAGGAAGUGUUCGACUGGUGGUCCAAGUACGACGCGUCUCGGGUUGAAGAGGCAAAGACAACAGAAGACAAGGAAAGAGUGCUGUCUUCAAGAGACAAAAGAAAGCAUAAAGAUCCUAUGACACACGUUGAAAAAUAUUUGGCAAGAGGAUAUGACACGCUUCAAAUCUACCAUUGUAAACUGGAAGAUGUGCCAAGAUUCAAUGGUUUCAACGACUUCGUGACAACUUUCCCCCUCCGAAAAGGGAAGACCAAGUCAAAUAAGAACAGCGAAAUUGAAGUUGGACAAUUUAAGGGUGCAUUUCGUAUAUUUAACGACCCUGAUUCCCGUGACAACACCAUGGCAACAAUGCACUUAAGGUCCAGUGAGCCAAUUGACUGUGUUGUGCGAGUGUACGUUAUUCGUGCAAAUCAUCUUCAGCCUAAAGAUGGAGAUGGUCUUGCCGAUCCAUACUUGAUUGUCUCUCUUGGUGACACAAAAUACGACAGAAAGGACGAACGCAUACCCAAGACGCUUAACCCUAAAUUUGGAAGUAUGUUUAAGUUCAAGGCGAAGAUUCCGCUGGUCAAAGAUUUGAAAAUUCAGGUAAUGGACUAUGACUAUCCAGACCCAGAUGAUCUGAUCGGUGAAACCGUUAUAGACCUGGAGCAGAGACUCUUGUCUAGUUACCAUGCCACUUGCGGACUUCCCAAGACAUAUUUCAUAUCUGGUCCUUAUAAAUGGCGAGACACUCUAACACCUUUUCAGCUUUUGGCUAAACACUGCACCUUUACUGGGAAAGAACUCAGGGCAGGACAGGACACAGGAAAACCAGAGAUUAUCAACAUUGGAGAAACCACCUACUCUCUGAGUGAUUUUGAGAGUGAACCGCCAUCCAACCCAGAGGUUGGAGAUGCACUGCAGCGUCUGGCUCUUUACGUGCUUCACACGCGUGGACUGGUCCCUGAGCACGUGGAAACGAGGCCACUAUUUAGUAAAGUACGGCCAAACAUGGCGCAGGGAAAUCUAGAGAUGUGGGUUGACAUCUUCUCCACAGAAGACGAGGAAUUUACCAAUAGCAAAUACGAGCCCUCGUCUUUUGGUACGGACCAAGCUGAUGGCAGCCAGGUGUUUACUAUCGUCAAACAGUCACCCCAUUCUAGACAGGAAAGACAAGAAGCAGAACGAGUGGAGAAAUAUUCCACAGACGUAGGCCUAAUACUAAAAGAUCCAGUUACCAUUCUUCCUCGACAACCUUCUAAGUGAGUUCACUUUGGUUUUGCAUUAAUGGCCAAGCGAACAUUCUAAUUUAUUAAAGCAAUAAGUAAGAUAAUGAUGUUGCAAACGAUUAAUGCAAGAGAUAUCUUUUAUACCGUUUCAUAGAAUAUACAGUCAAACAGAACUCAGGAAAGCCCGUUACAUGUCGGCUCGACGGUAUUACACUCAACCUUCACUCAACCGCGCACUGCGUUGAUUGUGCUUGCCACUGUAUAGCAUUGCAUAAAAUAAUUAACAAAUAAAGAAGCCUAAGCCGUGUAUAUUACACUGUGA